AUGGCCCCUCAGACUCAGGCGACCUCCUCCUCUUCGCAUUCAAAACCAUCAUCACCUCCUCCUCCUUACUCCGAGUUUGUAGAGCCUUCUCAGCAGAGCGCGAGGUCGCCACAAUCUCAUAACACCAUGAAUUCGCCUUCGCCCGCACCGGUUCCUUCGCACGUAGGGUACGGUCCCACACCGAUACCUCAACAGACCCAUCUUCUGCCGUACUACGACCCUCGUUCGCCGCAUGCUGUUCAGGAGGCGACUAGGCGGGCCCGCCGGCGCUUUAUAGAAGCGUUCCUUUGCGCGAUAGGGAUAUUGGCCUUGAUCAGCCUCCUGACGGGGGUCGAGGCACAUAUGAAUUUGCAUGCAGUGAGGAUAGGCGGCUGGGUGAGGGGUGCACUGGGAGAGUGUCGAGACUGCGCACAGUGGUGA